GCAAGGCCAAUUGAAUACGAAAAUGGCGAACACGAGCAAACCUCCGAUGAACGACGAGUGGAAAAAAUAAUUAUUAUUUUAAAUUCCGUUUUGCCAGCGAAAUUCCAACGCGAGUCAGCUAAUGAAAAAAAAGUGCGCAAAACAAAAAGCAAUACAAUUUUAAAGUAUGAAACGACCAAAGUGCAAUUGGUUGUGCAUUGAUGGCCAGCUAAAUAGAAUAAAUUAACUAUUUGCAAAUUACGAAAAAGCAGCUGAAAAACCAAUUGAGUCGAAUGUGUGGCUACAAUCGUGUGCGUACGUGAGUGUGUGUGAGUGAGCGGGCAAGAACAUCGUAAAGCAGAAAGGUAGCGGGACGGACAGCAGCAAAUAAACGAAAGGAAAUAAAAAUAAAACGAAAAAUUAACAGUGCAAAAAAAUAAAGAAAAGUAAAGAGAAGUACGAAAUAAAACUUGGCGGUAAACUCUGCACGCGUUCAUGUAUGCGUGUGUCUCUCUCCAGAAGCUGUGUGCGUGCGUGUUUGUCAGUUUCUGUGUGUGUGUGUGUGUGCCUAAAAUGUGCAUAAAAAUAACCGAUAAACUGCGCAACAAAAACAACAACUAACGCACCGCUUACUGUAAUCGUGGUCUCUAUGCGUGCAGUACGUAAUACAGGAACACGUAACGUUAACGUAAGCAGCAAAGCAGCAAAGGCGGCAAAAGAAAAACCUGACUAUUCUACAAUUAGGCGACAUAUUGCGUGCGCGCCAUGUGUGCAACCAAUUAUGCAAAAAAGCAACAAAUUGAACGACUGUGGCAACGACAGCGCUGAUGUACACUUGCAGCAACAAAUUGCAAAGCGCUAAAUUUAAAUAUAAAUAGCAACAACAACAACACAAAAAGCGCUGCCAGCAGCAGGACGACAACGCCGACGUCGUCGUCGUAGCACUGAGCUUUUGGCGCUGUGCGCAGCGAAAGUGAACGCGUAAAAGAGCGAGUGCAAGAGAGAGUGAGAUAGAGAGAGAUAGAGAGAGGGGCAACAAUAAUAUAAUAGAAUAACUGCAACUGCAAGGCACAGCGAAAGACUCUUACAUACAAAAUGGCUGCCGUGCGGGGACAUCAGUACUUUAGUCUACGCUGGAAUAACUAUCAGAACACGAUGACGUCAGUGUUUCAGCAGCUGCGCGAGGAUCUCUCCUUUGUCGAUGUGACCUUGUCCUGUGAGCAUGGCUCGCUCAAGGCACACAAGGUUGUUUUAUCCGCCUGCUCCACGUAUUUUCAAAAGCUACUGCUCGAGAAUCCAUGCAAGCAUCCAACGAUUAUAUUACCCGCCGACAUCAUAUUCACAGAUCUGAAAACAAUUAUCGAUUUUGUUUAUCGCGGCGAAAUCGACGUCACCGAAUCGGACCUACAGUCCGUUUGUGGACUCAAAAUAAUGAAGAGGUCCUACAGAAACAACUGA